AUCAAUAAAGUGAACAAAAUCCUUAAAAAUCAUGCCCAUUUCUCACCGGUUUUCUCUCUACUUUGCUGCCGUAGUCUCUUUAUUUUGAGCAGACAUAUUAUCUGAUCGUUAAAGCAACGAUACGCCAUGCCAAGAGUUAAAUUCAGGCCCCACGAAUGGCUUGCUUCGCGUGAAGUUGGUGGAGGUAAAAAUAGAUUUCCUUGUAAAAGUGAGCUUUUGCCUGGAUUGUAUGGCUCUGUUCGGGAGGUUCACUCGUGGAAUCCGCAGCAAACUGUCAAGCACACACACCAUGGAGGCAUAUUCAACUUUGAUUUCUCUACUGAUGGCUCUGUCUUAGCUGCUGCCUGUGAACGCCGGAAUAUUCUAUUAUUCGAUCCAUUCAAUGGAAAAUUGAUUGCACAUAAAGAACAGGCUCAUGAAGACUGUGUUAACUAUGUCAGAUUCCUCGACACGCGGGUGUUUGCAACCUGUUCAGAUGACACCACAGUUUGUCUCUGGGACGUGCGAUUCCUCAAGAAAAAUAUCCGGGUUUUACGAGGACAUUCCAACUGGGUGAAAAACAUCGAAUAUGAUGCUAACAAUGGCCUGCUAGUGACAUCUGGUUUUGACGGGAGCAUUUACACCUGGGAUAUAAAUAGCUAUUCCUCAAAUGAGUCCUGCUCCAAGAGCGUCUUUCACACCAGCGGUCUGAUGCGGUCCAAGCUCACUCCCGAUGCCUCCAAGCUGAUUCUGUCGACAGCCGGUGGUUAUCUCCUCGUUGUUCAUAAUCUCGACCUGCACACUCUCGACCAAGAUCUCCAUGGCUUCAAACCCAACAUGUACCGCUUGAUGCAGAUGAGUCGAUCGCCGGUCCGUCAGGGCUAUACCUAUAAUCACGUGUUCGAGCGGCAGAGGAAUCGCGUGGAGUUUAUCAGCGACUUUCCUGAGCAGAAUGAUGCGGAGGUUGUAGCUUCACUGCAGGUUCAUCCAUUUGGCUGGUGUGUGCUCUCGAGGAACACAAGUUCAGAUGAAAAUUCAGAGUGGACAUGUGUCCAUGACAUACAGGCCGUCCCGAGCGAUGACGAUGACGAUGAGGAACAUUCCAUCAAAUCUGACGAAUCAGAUAAUCUGAUGUGCAAACAUCCCGAGACGAUAUCACCAGAGUCAGGCGAACAUUCCCGAUCGCCAAGCCCAUCUCGUUUCUUAUCAGUCUUGGUCGAAGACGAUUCCUCGUCGUCACAUUCACAAUCUCCGUCGCCGCGGUUGGGGACGAGGUCUCCCAGUUCCCAGGCAGGGUAUGAACACGAAACUUAUUACAGUGUGACGCGGCGGCGGAGGACUGCGAGUGAUUCCAGUGAAAGUAGUACCGGUUCUAACAAUGUCCGCCAGAGGGUAGGUCGUACUCGUGGAAGAUCUCGGGAUAGUGACGAGGAUAUUAUCACAGAGGUUGAACCAAGUGGUACAAACCACGAACCUUCUCCUGGUACCUCUAAUGACGAUCGCAGCGCCCGAAGCAGUGAAAGGCUUGCCGACAAUAUGACGUUCAUAAUCCGUUCAGAUUCGCGCGUUGCAGAGCGCACUCUUCUUCUUCUUGGUCAGCGUGAAUUGAUUUGCGGUUCGAAGCCGCAGAUUCAUGAAAAUAGACCUCGUCUCCUCCACCAUAUCGAAGAGCCCAACGUCGGGCGUGGAUUCAUAAAAGAGUUGUGUUUUAGUAGUGACGGUCGUCUUGUCUGUUCGCCGUUUGCUUACGGAACUCGUCUUCUGGCAUUUGAUAAAGAAUGUCAUGAAUUAUGUGACGCGGUUCCACAGCAGCCGCAGCAGUUAGUCGAGGUCGCGAGUUGUAUGAGUCACAGACAUGUUGUCGUGACGACCAAGUUCUCGCCGAUUCAUUGUAUGUUUGUGUCCGGGUGUCUGAAUGGGAAGGUCGCAUUUCAUCAGCCACUUCUAUAGUUAUUGCAUCGCGUUUUGCUCAAAAUAUUAGAAAUUUGAAGAUGAAAUGAGUGUUCUGAGACUACUAAUACUGACAGUCAGCGUUCAAUUGCUAUAUUAAAACACCUCAAAUUAAACAAUGAAAUGCGAUUUCUGAAAGCUUUUUGCCUAGAGUAGCUCAACAGCCAACAGACUUCUCCAAGUGCGAGAUAUUCACCAGGCCAGUGCUUGUGCUGGUUUUUUGUUGCAUCAAUAAGAUGGAGUAUUGAGUUAGACUCCCGGACAAGGUACUAACUGGCCCAUCGAUGAUCUGUUGUUGAUCUGUUCUCUGUUUUAUUUCUAAUGUAUUGUUAGUCUACUAGUAUGUUUAGUUUUGUCUAGUCAUUUUUAAAAUAUACAUGUAGUGGGGUGGCUGUGGGGAUUGAACCAGGGAUCAUGUGAUUGCCAGUCGAGAGUGCGACCCACUUGUCAACAGUGCUCCACGACCGUUGUUAACAAAUUUGAUGGCUCCAACUUGGGAAACUUCCCUUACCCUUCACUCAACAUAUCUGUACCAAGCUUUUAUGAAUUAUGCCUGACCAUGAAUCAUGUCUAUCAAGUAUUAAGUUGCAUUUAUUUGAACGUCACAUAACGUGUCACAUUUCUUAUUUAUUCAAUUUGGAGACAUUGUGAUAUGGAGGUUCUGCGGUGAUGUCAUUGGUCAGCCAUUUUGGACUUGAAUCUGUGUUCUUGACACUGCUUGGGUCGCCUACAGAGUGUAGCAUGCGCUGAUCACGCUGCUUGACGUCACCACUGAUCGCUUACACUGUUGCACUGAUAGUAAAGAAUGCCACGUGGGUCUGCGACCACAAUUUGACUUCCAGAAUGAUGUCUAUCAGAAAAACAUCAUCUGCAUGACUUCUUGGGUCAUUUGUCUCCCUCUUUACUCACUCAGAAUAUAUGUACUGAAUUCUUAUGUUUGUACCUAAGAAUGUCAGUUAAUAUGUUUGCAUUUA